CACGCGCCGAAAAAAAUGUCAAAAUUUGUGUCUACUUUGUUUUGUUUUUAUUUUUUUCAUUCUUUUGGAUUUUCACUAAAAAUGACGAAUUUUCAUGUUCCAUCAACGGUAAUUAUUGACAAAAAUAACCCCGAAGUCAAUAAUGUUAAUUUAACUUGUAAUUAUCAUUACAUUCGAAUCGAGCGUGGCUUCAACUUAAAAUGGUAUUUCAAUCAAGAUUUAAUUUAUGUGUGGAGUCCCAAGUCGUCGCCGCGUCUCUUUGGUCGUUUUGCCAAUCACAUCGAUGCAGAAAAUAGCGUUAAUGGCACUUUAGUACUGCACAACGUCACUCAGAAUCUCACCGGCACUUAUCAAUGCAUCGCAAUGACGUAUGAGGCGCUCGUGAAGAAACAUAGUCAUCUUCAAGUCAUCAUACCUGAAGAUUAUUUCCUGCUUGAGCGAAUUAUCUCGCCGCGUUUCGUCGAGUAUCGGUGCGCUGUCAAUAAUAUUUUCCCAAAUCCCUACAUGAAGAUUUCGUGGAACAGCAGCGUAUUGUUUAGUGUUACAAGGUAUGGGUUGCAGGGAGAAAAUGGUUUAUACGAUAUUAGUGAAUCGAUUUAUACGUCAAAUCACAAAGCAAUGGAGGCAAAUGUCUCGUGUGAACUUAAAAUCACAAAUACCGACUAUCGAAAAGUGCUGGUUUUCGAUCCGGAGGAAUCAAAUACGAUAGAGAUGUCAUGAUGUGAUAGAUGAGAGGCGGAAUGUCGGUCGGUCCGCUUUAAGAUGUAAAAAGUAGUGUCACUUUGCAAAACAAUCAAUCUACUUAACUUUUUGUUUCCGCAAACAUUUUUUUCCUAUUUUCACUUAAAUUCUCAUAUGACAUAAUCGCACAGUCACACAGCGACGAUAUCAAAGAGUCUAAUGGACAAAAAAAAUUAUCGGUAUCACUUUGCUGCACUUUCAUUUGUUGUUCAUUCAAAGUUUCAUUUGCAAUGAUAAUGUCUAAUUUAUGUACAAACAAUACAAAGCGCGAUAAAUUGUUAUCACAAACGAAAUAUAAAACGAGAAUCACGCGGUGACUUGGGGACAUUUUCCGUUUGAUUUAUUCACUCACUACACGUGUUUCUUGCAAUGCAUUUGAUUUGCGGAUAAAUGACCAGUUUUUAUGAUUGCUAUGUUCACUUUAAUUACUAUUAGUUAAAUGGUGGUUGUUAAUA